AUGGGCCCCCGUACCAACUCCUCAUGCUGCUGCCAGGCCCGUAAUCUGUCAUGGGCCCCUGUAUGCCGCCUCCUCAUGCUGCUGCCAGGCCCGUAAUCUGUCAUGGGCCCCUGUACCGCCUCCUCAUGCUGCUGCCAGGUCCAGAGUGUGUCAUGGGUCCCUGUACGGCCUCCCAUUGCUGCUGUCUCCAUCGCCACACUCUGCCAUGUGCCACUUUCAGGUCUCCUCACACUGCUGGUGGGUUCCAUUUUGUCAUAGGGUGCUGUAUGGCCUCCCAUUGCUGCUGCCUCCACCGCCACACUGUGGCUCCACACUCUGGUUUUGGCCCCGUGACUGCCCAAAUGAGUGAAGUGUGCGGUGAUUCUAAGAUCGACGGCACUCAUCUGCAUGUCAUACUGACUGACAGUAUUAGUUCUCUUCCCCAGCAGACUCCAAGGGCAUUUAAAUUAAAGGUACAGUGUUUCUGCACUAAUAUA